UUUCUCUGUGUUCUAUUUUCUUCUCUCUCUUAUCUCUCUCCAUGCAGAUUAGCUCUACGCUUCCGGCUCAUAACCUCAACAUCUUUCAGGCGAGGAGAUCCACUUUCAGAUGUCAGCAAUCGCCGUUAAACCCUUUCACGAAUAAGCCUCUCUCUUCCGCUUCUUUCUCUCUGCGUUCUCACAAGUCAAUUACCUCCACUGAGUUGACCAAGCUACACCUCUCUAACCUCGAGAAGUUGCUUCAAAAGCAAGCUCCAGACUCAAACCAGCAUGAUCUACUUCCCCCCGUUAGUUUUUCCAACAAGAAAUCUAGGGCCUCGUUUGAAGGCUUAAACCUGGAGAGAAUUUGGCCGGAAAUGAAAGCCGCCGAGGAGAUGUCUCCCAGACACCUUAACCGGCUUCAACGGCUUUUAUCCAAGACGCCGGAGUAUUCUCCCAGGAACAGUCUUGGCUCCCGGUGGCGCCAGUAUCACGGCUGCAAUGACUGGGCCGGGUUACUCGACCCGCUCGACGAGAACCUCCGGAGGGAAGUGGUCAGGUAUGGGGAAUUCGUUCAAGCCGCUUACCAUGCCUUCCACUCUUCUCCAGGCAUGUCAGCAGACGAAGCUCCCUUGCCCAGACACGUGGCGUUACCCGAUAGGUCCUACAAAGUAACAAAGAGUCUCUACGCUACAUCCUCCGUCGGGUUACCCAAGUGGGUGGACAAGGUGGCGCCGGAUCUCGGGUGGAUGACCCAACGAUCAAGCUGGAUCGGGUAUGUAGCAGUUUCCGAUGACAAAAAAGAGAUCCAACGGAUGGGAAGGAGGGAUAUUGUGAUCGCGCUACGAGGAACCUCCACGUGUCUAGAAUGGGCCGAGAAUUUGAGAGCCCAGUUAGUUGACAUUCCCAAAACGGAGGACGACAACACGCAAAACGCAAAAGUGGAAUGCGGAUUCCAGAGUUUGUACAAGACACGUGGAGAUCACGUUGCGAGCUUAGCGGAAUCCGUGGUAGAAGAAAUUAGACGGUUAACGGAGUUAUACAAAGGGGAGACGUUAAGCAUAACGGUGACAGGUCACAGUCUCGGAGCGGCGUUAGCGGUGUUAGUAGCGGAGGAAUUGAGCGGGUGCACAAGUGAAGCACCGCCGGUGGCGGUAUUUUCAUUCGGCGGGCCGCGGGUGGGGAACAAAGGGUUCGCGGAUCGUAUAAACAGGAAGAAAGUCAAAGUACUCCGGAUAGUCAACAAUCAAGACCUGAUAACCAGAGUACCGGGAAUAUUUUUCGCAGAAGAAGAUCAAGAUGAGAAAUCUGCGAAGAGGAUGACGAAGAUCAGGAGUGUGAUAGAACGGAACAACCCACUGGCAUACUCUCAUGUGGGAGCUGAGCUGAGGGUGGAUACAAGGAUGUCGCCGUACUUGAAACCUAAUGCUGACGUCGCCUGCUGUCAUGAUCUGGAGGCGUAUUUGCAUUUGGUAGAUGGGUAUUUGGCAUCAAACUGUCCGUUCAGAGCAAAUGCGAAGAGGAGUCUAUGGAAGUUGGUGAAUGAACAGAGGUCAAAUGUGAAGCAGUUGUAUACAAAAAAAGUAAAGUCGUUGACUUUAAACAAGCUUGACGCAGAUACAAUCUCCAGCAUCCCUUCUUGUUUGCCAAGUCCAUCCUGAUCAUCAUAUACUAUAAUUAUAUAUAAUACUACUUUAGAUAAUCCCAAGAAAUUAUGAAAAAGAAUGGAGAGGAAAUAUUCAAACUUCAUGUUAUUAAGAAGAAGUAGAGAUAUAAUCCUUCAUUCAUUUUUACCCAAAAAAGAAAUAUAUGAGAAAGAAAUUUCUUUUUUGGGUGGUGCACUGUAUUAGAUCUAGCUAGUUGUUAUGGAGCAGUAAUGUUUACUAGCUAGUUUUCGGUACAAGAAGUAGACUGUAAUAAGUUCUUUUUUUUUUCAAUGAAUAGUAAGUGUU